AUGGCCGAUCAAUUCAAGGCUCGUACGUUAAAACGCAAGAAUGUCAAGGGUCUUGCCCUGAACGCCGCCCCGAAACCCUCGUCCAGCACCGACAGUGAUGGGCAAGCCUCCGGUGCCGUCGGAAGCGGCGAGGUCAAACAGACAGACACCCUGGAAAUCGGAUUGGAGUUCCGACUCGACCUCCGCAGCGAAGAUUUGGUGACCUUGAAGGAACUGGGCGCAGGAAAUGGCGGUACGGUCUCCAAGGUGAUGCAUGCGUCCACGAAGGUGGUGAUGGCCAGGAAGAUCAUUCGAGUCGAUGCCAAGGAGAAGGUGCGCAAGCAAAUAUUGCGGGAACUGCAAGUCGGACAUGACUGUAAUUCUCCGAACAUCGUCACUUUCUACGGAGCCUUCCAGAACGAAGCCCGAGAUAUCGUCCUGUGUAUGGAAUACAUGGAUUGCGGUUCGCUCGACGGGAUAUCCAAGGAUUUUGGUCCAGUUCGGGUGGACGUGCUGGGCAAGAUCACCGAGUCGAUUUUGGCGGGUCUGGUCUAUUUGUACGAGGCUCAUCGCAUCAUGCAUCGCGAUAUCAAACCGUCCAACAUCCUCGUCAACUCGCGAGGAAAUAUCAAGUUGUGCGACUUUGGCGUGGCUACCGAGACCGUGAACUCCAUAGCCGACACGUUCGUCGGAACCUCCACCUACAUGGCGCCCGAGCGUAUCCAGGGUGGUGCAUACACGGUGCGAUCGGACGUCUGGAGUGUGGGAUUGACGGUGAUGGAGUUGGCCGUUGGUCGCUUCCCCUUCGAUGCGUCCGACGCGUCGGCCGGAGACCGUGCCAGCGCCGGUCCCAUGGGUAUCCUGGAUCUUCUGCAGCAAAUCGUGCAUGAGCCGGCCCCCAAGCUGCCCAAGAGCGACGCCUUCCCUCCCAUCCUGCACGAGUUCGCAGCCAAAUGCUUACUGAAGAAGCCCGAGGAGCGACCGACGCCUCGAGAACUAUAUGACAAGGAUGCCUUCCUGCAGGCGGCGAAGCGCACGCCCGUCGAUUUACAAGAAUGGGCUAUCAGCAUGAUGGAGCGACACAACCGCAAAUCCUAUCUAGCUCCGGCGCCGCCCAAAUCGCUCAAGGAGGAGGCCUCGCAGCCCGUCCCCAACCCCAGCCCGGCCGCCACCAAACCCGUGUCCAGCAAAUCCUCCUCGCGCACGCCGCAGUAUCCCCCCUCGUCCGGCGAUAUCCCAUUGAACAUGCCCGCCGAGGUAUCCUCGUCCCAUUCCCGUCACUACCAGUAUCCUUCGAACCCGUCGCCGCGACCCUCUCGAUCCACUCGGUCGCCGCCUCUCUCGCUGGAGCACCUGUCCCUGGAAACCAAGGAAGAUGAAUAUCGCUCCGGCCGUCGUCCGUCACGGGCACAUCUGGUCGAUCCCAUCUCGGCCGUCGAUUCCUCCUCGCGACCUUCAAUGAGCUCCCGCUCGGCCAGCUCUCACAACACGAAAUCGCGCAUGCCUCUGCAGUCCUCGACGCACCCCAUUCGCGCAGCACCACCUCCCAGCGGUCCUCCCCCGCCGGUCCCAACGUCGGGCGGAGGAUCGUGGCAGCGCCAGCCCGGUUCGAUGCGCGGAGCUGUAUAA